AUAUCCGUUACAUCUAGCCAAGAGGAUGGUGACCCCAAUGCUAUUCGCAUUGGGAAGGAUACCUAUGGCGAUGAGACCCCCGUUAACGUUCACUAUAUUGAAGAGCAUGAAGCUCAGACAGAAUCUCAAAUUCCAGAGUUCUAUGCUGAACAGGAAGCGGGUUUUCCCGACGGCAACACCUGGUCUGACGUGGAAUAUUCCACAGAGAAGUUUAUUCAGCAGUUUCUGGUCGGGAUCCAUGGUUGUGGCACCGAGAAGCAUCGAAAAGACCUG